AUGUUGUCACAUCAUGUCCAAGGAUAUGUUAAUGGAUUACAUUUUGAUGUUAAAAGUGAAAAAACAAGUAUGUGUUCCUUUGUAAAUGAAAAUUUUGUGGUGGAGGAUGAAACAAAAAAUAUUGUUAAUAAUUCUAGUGAUAAUUAUGUUAUUUUUGAUACCUCGGGAAGUGUCCCAAGUACGUCCAAUACAAAUUAUUGCUGAUUUUACUUUUAUAUUUACUCCAUAUGUAUUAAUUUUUUUGUAAAAAUGAUUAUAUAAUAUUUUUUCGUGCAUUUUAUACGUCUUUAUAAAAAAAUCUUUAGAAUUUUGACAUAUUUUUGGCAUUUUGUUCGAUUGGCAUUUUGUCUUAGUGACAUUUUGACGUUCCGUCGAUUGGCAUUUUGUCUUUGUGAAGUUUUGGGGUUUUUGUUCAAUUGGUAUUUUGUCGUUGUGACAUUUUGUCCUUUUUGUUCGAUUGGCAUUUUGACGUUUAUGUUUGAUUGGCAUUCUGUCUAUGUGACUUUUUGACCUUUUUGUUCGAUUGGCAUUUUGUGAGUUGGUCUUGGCUCCCGUUGUUGUCAUUUUGUAAUAUUUUCUCAAGGUUGAUAUUUUGUAAAUUAGGUGUU